AUGUUUCGCUUUCUCGCUCUUAAUGAAUCCAAUGAUCAUGGUGAUGAAUCAGAGGAAAUAGAUCCAUCCUUGGAUCGGACUUUCCGAGAAGAAGGAGAACCCAUUGAAUUCAUUGAUGAUAUUGUUUUUCAUAUUAUGCAAUUUUUGGAUUCGGAAUUUAUAUUGCGAGUGUGUAUGAAAAUUUCUCGUCAAUGGUUCCAACAAGCCUUGCAAAUUCCAUUAAUGUUAGAUUUCAGUUCGCAAUCUAAAUCAUUUUCUUUCAUGGAUGAAAAGAAUUUGCAUUCCGUCUUAACAUGUCCCAAUCUUGAACAAUUGACAAAUGUCAAUUUUAGUGGUACUUUUUGUGGAAGUGAAGGGGCUUUGUUACUUUCUACAAGUCCAUUCAUGAAGAAUUUAGUAGCAUUGAAUUUGGAGGGAAAUUCUAUUGGGAUGGACGGAGUGAAACUUAUUGGUGAAUGUGCAGAGUUUUUUGAAUAUUUAACAGAAUUGAAUUUGAACUCGAAUGGACUGUAUAAUGAGGGAUGGAAAGAGUUAUUGUUGUUGUGGUCGAGUCAUGUGGAGAAAAGAAAUGCAUGUCAGAGGUCAAAAUUAAGAAAAUUAUGUUUAAGGAACAAUGAAUUGGAAGAUGAGGGAAUGGAAGAAGUGUUUGAGAAUGUUCCAAGAGGAUGGUUCGAUCAAGCGACAGAAUUGGAUUUGAGUCAAAACAAAAUUGGUCCAGUUACCUUGCAAUUCAUUGCAUCGCAAUUUGGCCAAUUACAAACAUUAAUUAUCAAUGGUAAUACAUCCAUUGAAGAGGAAGGAAUGAAGCAUUUAGCAAUGAGCAAGGUGAUGCAUCAUUUAACAUUUUUAGACCUUUCCUUUACCAACAUUGGACUUCGAGCAUUGAACCAUUUGACAGCAUCACCCAAUUUUCAACACUUGACAUAUUUAAAUCUCACAAAAUGUAGUAUUGGAGAUGAAGGUGUGAAAUUAAUUUGUUGCUCUGACUUUUUAAAGAAGCUCACCACUCUCAAACUGGGAUCAACAGUGGUAUUGAAUGAAGCAGUGACCCAUCUGUCAAACUCUCAGAACAUGUCAACUUUAACCGAUUUAGAUUUAAGUUUCAAUUUUAUCAAUUCCGUAGGAAUGGAGAUCCUUUCCAAAACUCUCUUUUUACAAAAUUUAACAUGUUUGAAUCUUGCAGAAAACACCCUUAUUGGAUUUGAAGGAAUUUCUCAACUUGCCACAAGUGAACAGUUCCAGAAUUUACAACAACUCAACCUAUCCAACACAAACCUUGAUCCUCAAGGCAUGGAAAUCCUCUGCACCAAUUUGCAUCACUUUCCCAAACUCACUUCUCUCAACAUUUCUAGCAAUGCACUCGGCAAUGAAGGAGCUCAAGCACUCUUGAGUUCACAGUUCUCCCCCUUCAUUCAAAAUUUAACAGAAUUGGACAUGACACAGUGCCAAAUUGGAAUGAAACACAUUCAAGAAAUUUCCAAAAAGUUCCCCAAAUUAUUGAAACAAAACUUUUCAUUUAGUUUUGUUCUGGAAUGGCAGUAA